AUGGCCGUAACGCGAAACGGUACGGUCGAGACGCGGACAACUGGGAUUGAGAGCUGUCUCGGCGCCGGUGGCAGAGCGGUUCCAGAUUUCCCAGUGCCCGGGGAUGGUGGUGGGGAGCCCAGCCGUCGGAAUGCCGUCAGCCGGCCAAUGGCGGGUCCCGCUUUUGCGUCGCGGGUGACGGCGGCGAUACGACCAACUACACCACGUACGACUAUAAUACAACUUUACUUACUACUGGCACCGCCACCACCGACGUCACCAUCACCGUCACCGUCACCGCCUCCGCCGCUGCCACCUCAAACACCGCCGCUACCACCCCACCCAGCGUCAACAACCGACGAGGCAACGACAGUAGAACGGUACCGCUCGGCAAAUGAAGCGAAUAAUAUGGACCGAUCGUCAAUCGGACGGGGGCCCUCGCUUACUAGCUUCCCGGGAAAAUCCCGGUGCGUUGCACCACUGAUUGCCGCCGGGUCCUUAUCAGCUUUCAACCGGCGCCCGGACUCGUUGUCCCAGACGACCGACGCCGUCCGGCGACAUUUCGUCCACUAA